AUGAACAAUAAUGCAAAUAGUGGUUUCCCUUAUCAAUGGCAAUAUACUACUACAACAACAACAACUUCAACACAAACUACCACAAAACCGUCAAGCACCACUACACGCUUAAUAUAUCCACCGAUUCAUUUUAUUCCUCCUCCUGCUCAAUUACCAUUACCACCACCACCACCACCACAACCUGCUAAAUCACCAUAUGGUAGACUACCAUAUGGUCAACAACCACUACCACUACCACCACCACCACAACAACAACCUUCUAAACCACCAUAUGGUAGACUACCAUAUGGUCAACAGCCAUAUAGUCAAUUACCGUAUGGGCAAUUACCGUAUGGACAAGUACCAUAUAGUGGUACAGGUCCAUCAUUACGGGGUCAAGAAGGUGGAUAUUUAUCAUAUAUUCUUUAUUAUAAUGCUACUGUACCGUAUACUGGAGGAGGAUAUUUGCCUUUUAUCAGUGAAUAUUUUGAACGUAGACGUGGAGAUGGUGGACGAAGAGAAGGCCGUAGGCGAAAUGGUAGUCGUCGACGAAAUGGCAGUCGUAGACGAAAUAAUGAUGACAGUGAUGAUUUGGAGAGGGAAAUUGAGAGAUAUUUAGCACUUAUUACAGGUCCUACUUCCAGAAAUCCAUCACUUCGUUAUAAUUGGGGUUCUUAUAGUAUCAACUAA